AUGUAAUAAAAUAAUAAUGGACAUUUCAACCAUUUUUAAGUUAUGUUAGACAACCUAAAAAUGAUAAAGAAGGAAAUAAAAGAAUUGAAAGAUUUAUAUUAGAAUAGAAAGAAAGAUUUUGUUGAGUAUUAAAAGAAAUGGGGAAUAGCAAUAUAAAAUACAAAAACAAAAAUAGACAAUCUGAUUUAAUGGAUUAAUGAUUAUGGUUAGGCAAAUGUAAAAUGGGAUUUACCUUUUGAGAUAUUGGAACAAUUAGAUAAGUUUGAUUUUCUAGAAGAAUAUAUAGAAAAUUUAAAAAACUAAGUAUAAUUCCACUAUGAGUAAUAAAUGUAUUAAAGUUAAAAUGCCAAAAAAUUUAGUUAAUAUUUAAGAACUGGGAUUAACAGUGAUUGUAUAUAAUAAAAUUCAUAUUGA